AUGGAUGACAUCACCGCCCACAUAGUUUCCUCCCACGCUUUCCUCUUCACUCAUCAUUUCCUUUCUCUCGUCCCAUUUCUCGUCCCACUUUGCUUCCCCUCAACCCCCCACCCCCUCACCCCUCCAACCCCUCUUCGCAGCAAGCGCAUCCUCUCCGGUGUACAGCCCACUGGGCGGCCCACCUUGGGUAACUACCUGGGGGCUAUGAAGAACUGGGUGGCGCUGCAGGAGCAGUACGACAAUUUUUUCUGCGUCGUGGACCUGCACGCCAUCACCGUCCCUCACGACCCCCGGGAACUCCGAGCCGCCACCCGGUCCAUGGCGGCGACAUACAUAGCGGCGGGUAUUGACCCGGACAGGGCCACAAUAUUCGUACAGUCCCACGUACCCGCGCACACGGAGCUGGCCUGGCUGCUGUCCUGCGUGACCCCCGUGGGCUGGCUGGGCAGGAUGAUCCAGUUCAAGGAGAAAUCCAGAAAGCAGGGAGAGGACGUACGUACGGGAUUGAUGACGUAUCCCGUACUCAUGGCGGCUGAUAUCCUGCUCUACCAGGCAGAUUUGGUUCCUGUGGGCGAGGACCAGAAGCAGCAUCUGGAACUGACCAGGGACAUCGCGGAGAAAGUCAACCUGGAGUUUGGCGGGAAGGGAUGGAAGAAGCGGGGGGGUCGGGGGGGUCGGGUGUUCAAAGUUCCCGAGGUUUUCCUUCCCCCUGCGGGGGCGAGAAUUAUGUCACUGCAGGACGGUACGGCAAAGAUGAGUAAAUCCGCCGAGAACGACAACAGCCGUAUCAACCUGACGGAUAGCCCCGAGGUUAUUGCGGCGAAGAUCAAGCGCUGUAAGACCGACACCGUGGAGGGGUUGGAGUGGGGGAAUACCGACCGGCCCGAGGCAACCAACCUGCUAGCCAUCUACAGCUUGUGUACGGGCAAGAGCAAGGAUGAGGUCGUGUCCGAGUGCGCCUCCAUGCGGUGGGGCACCUUCAAGCCCCUGCUAGCAGACGCCAUCAUCGAACAUCUGAAACCGCUGCAGGUGAAGUACGGCGAGCUGAUGUCGGAUCAGUCGUACAUCGAUGCCGUACUGGCCAAGGGCGCGGAGGCGGCAUCGGCGACUGCUGACAGGACGUUGGCGGACGUCCGUGACGCGAUGGGUUUCGUGGCCCCCUUCCGGGCCCCCCGGUCCUAA